AUAUAGGUAAAAAAUACUUUUCUACAUUUUAAACAUUUUGUUACUAGCCUAGGGGUGCUAAAAAUAAACUAAAGUAACAAAUCCCCUAAUGAACGGCUGGAUCAAAUGUCUAACAGUAGAUAUAUAUAUGUUCGGCUUAUGUAUAAUUUCACAUAAUAAUAUGUUAAUUGGGCUAUUUAGCUAAUGAUUACCAAAAUAAAUACGCGCUUUCUAUUACUAUAAUUCACGGUUUCGAACAAAUGUUAAUAUGAUAGCUUAAUUUAAUUGUCAAAUUACAAGACAAAAUAUAUACCUAACGGUUAUAGGUAAGUUAUAACCUAUAUUUAUUUCGUAUUUAUAGUUUUAAUGUAUUUUAGAUACCAAAUCCUAAUUUUUAUUUUGUAUUCUUUUUUCAAAGCGUUUAGUGAUCAACAAUUAAUACCGUCGUUUAAAGAACAUUAGAAAAUAAUGUCAACGACGAUUUAGCAGGUAUUAAUUAUCAUGUAAUCACAUUAAGUUUAAGUUUAUAUAAAACUGAAAGAAGUAUGGUCGUCGUUAUUAAAGAAAACUAGACAAUUUGUAGUAUAAAGCAUAAAAUCUCAACAAAGUAUAUUAUAGGUACCUACCUAAUAUUUAUGUUUAUCGUGGAAUUGAAUGAUAUAAUUGUUCUCUCUGUUUUUAGUCAGUCAGUUAAUUAAUACCUAAAUUCCAAAUAUAAUAAAAUGAGGAAUUCGUUUGCCGUUUGGAAAGGGACGAUAAUGUCGGCUGUCGUUAGCGUGUGCAUCAGACUGCAGAAUGCAAACUGUCAAUCGCAUGGGGCCAAUAACGUCUACCGCGAAUACUCCGAAGUGCACCAGCGGCCGUCUGCAGCUGGAAAACCGUACGAUACUGACAACGUACAAAACCCCGUAAGUGGUGGUUAUCAUUCGUUACCGGAUGUAAACGACAACGACAAAUGGCAAUCCCCCGAGUCAUCCGGGGUGCACCACGGCGGUGGUUAUUCUAAUGCAGCACUAACCGACGUGACCGGAGUCACGGUUAACGGCGGGGGUCCGGUCGUCGUCAGCGGCGGUAGCGUGGUGCUCAGACCGUCGGCCGGAGGAUUUGUCGUUGACGGCGGCGGCAUCGGGAAGUUCGGCGAACCGGAAGCGGUCGGAGUACAGCAGCUGCCGUUAUCCGCGGUCGGGCCGUACGUCGCGGCCGGUGAUAGAGUGCUGCAGUUCGGGCCCCCGCCCCCGCAACACAUUCACCCGUUCGGACAUACAUUUUUUCGCGCUUCCGGUCUGCUGCAGUGGUUGCUGUUCGGCAAGACGAUGUUCGACCCACCGUCGUUAGAUGGAUACUCGCCGUUGUGCAGCCGGUUGACAGCCGUCGGCCGGUUCCUCUUGGACAGGGUGUUCGAUCCGCUGUUCGCCACCGGCUUCUUUAUGGCCGCGUCGUACCUGUUCCGGACGUCAGUGUUGCCCAGGAUAGCGCAUUACAUUCAUGUGUACGCCAUGAUGAAGGACCACGUCGUGGACGACGGUCGGUUCGCGGGCGGUCGUCAGAUAUCCGGAUACUUGGACGCCCUGACUUCGGCGGUCAACGAUGCGGUCAACGACGACAUACCGUGUUUUCAGAGAAUUGUCUGUGAGGCCGGACUUCAAUUGGCCAGCAGUCCCGUAGCUCGUUCUGCUCGACGAAUGUCAAAAAUAAUUAUUUCAAAACAUGAAUUGGCACACGUUUUCAAAGAAUCAUUUACGGGAUCUGUUUCUGAUUGUAGUCAAUACAUGUGCAAAAUCCAUGCAAAAUUUAGAUAAAAUGUAUUAAUUUAAUUUCUUUAAUGCGUUAAAAUGAAAUGCAUUAUUAAUUUAAAUACUUUAUAAUUAUUUAAUUUAUUAAUAUUUACUACCCAGAAUUAUAUACGUGUAAACACAAUUUAUUCCAAUAUAUAAAACUAUAAAUUAUAAUACAUUGUUAAAUAUGAAGACAUACAGUUUAACAUUUUCAUCAACUACCUAUACAUAAAACUACACAUCCAUCAAUAAUAUCGUGGUUCCAGACAACACAAUAUUGUUAUUCAUCUCACCAUCAUUAUACUGUUUAAUAAAUUUAAUAAAUUUAAUCAAUAUUUGAUGAAAAUAAUAACCUACAGGCUACAAAAUAUCCACCGAUAAAAUAUUUUACUUAUUGAUGUUAAAGACAAUUGAUUAUGGUAAUGAUUAAGGUUUUGAUUAUUAUUUCACUAUCGGAUAUUAUAUAAAAAUUAUUUUUAAAAAAAACUUUUUGUUCAUUUUACAAUUUUUUCUACCUACAUUAGAUUUUCUAUAUUUUCAUAUUUUCAUAUUAAGUUGUAUGAGAUUAUUUUUAUAAAUUUAAGUUUGUCAAUUUGGUUUUCUUCUAAUUGUUUCAUAGUAUUAAAAAUAAAAGUUUCUUUUUCUAA